CCACGCACAGUUUUUUUUUUCUUCUCUCUAUAUAUUCAUCACAGCUAUCUCUUAGACAAGUAAUCUGAUUCUUCACCUAAUAUUAGCUGGAGACGAAACCCUAGAUUUUGUCAAGCUCGAAGAAGAAGAAAUCAUGGCAGGAGUUGGACCGAUGACGCAAGAUUGGGAGCCGGUGGUGAUCCGAAAGAGAGCCCCUAACUCCGCCGCCAAGCGCGACGAGAAAACCGUCAACGCCGCUCGUCGUUCCGGCGCCGAUAUCGAAUCCGUCAGAAAAUACAAUGCUGGUACCAACAAGGCAGCCUCAAGUGGCACUUCUCUCAACACCAAGAGGCUUGAUGACGACACUGAGAACCUCGCUCAUGAGCGUGUGCCUACUGAGCUUAAGAAAGCCAUUAUGCAAGCUCGAACUGACAAGAAGCUUACCCAAUCCCAGCUUGCUCAAAUCAUCAAUGAGAAGCCACAAGUGAUCCAAGAGUACGAGUCUGGCAAAGCAAUCCCCAACCAGCAGAUCCUUUCCAAGCUGGAGAGAGCACUCGGAGCUAAACUCCGUGGUAAGAAGUGAUCAUCAUCAAGUCCUCAAGAUGAACAAAAUUUAACCAACAAUCAGUGCUUUGAUGUAAUGUCGUAACUUUUCUAAAGAAUAAUCUUUCCUGAUGUAAGACCGUUUGAAUGUUUGGUUGAUGAAUUACUCUAUUCAUAAACAUAUAUAUAUCAGUAUAAAAGUAAGUUUGGGUUUCUUA